AUCCAAAUGGAGUUCAGUCAUUCGUUAGUGGUUCUGUUCGUGUUCAGUAUAUUUACGUUCGUUUGCGCAUUUCCGCUAACGAAUGCAGAUUACAGUGACUCUGAUCAAUACGGUGGGGUGUUUGAUGGCGACAUUCCGGCAUUACUUCCAAUAAAUCUGCUGCUUCAGAGGAGCGCCGCUGAUCACUUGCGAUGGAAUCCACAACGAUCAGUGAAACGUAAUAUCGCGAUCGGCCGCGGUGAUGGUUUCAGGCCUGGCAAGUAA